CCAGGGUUCAUUAAUUCUACGUAGUAUGUACUCAUAAGCUUUAGCCAAGAUCAUUCAAGUUUUAACCUCAACCUCAUCAGAAGCGCCCUCAACAAUGCAGGCAUUCUAGUUCUCCAGUAAAUGCCCAAUUGAUGAUUCCAUUGGGUACGCCAGCCAAAAACUCCCAAAAUGGCGCUCAGCGACCAUCCAAAAGCCUACGGCACCGCUGCCGUUGUCUUCGCCUUCACAACUGGCAUCCUCGUCACUUUAGGAUUCAAGGACUUUUACCCAGAUCUUGAACGUCGGUUCCAGCGCAAGAGGCGUGCAAACACGGGUGGUGGCCGAAGAUCGAGUCUUUUCUGGGGAGACCCUGUUGAGCUUCAGGAUCAUGAGUCUCAACCUUCAACAUCAACGUCUUACGAUGUUGUGAGGAAUAGCUUGGUAGAUGGUAUAGAAGCUACCAUCGGUAACACACCUCUUAUAAAGAUUCAAUCCUUAUCAGAAGCCACAGGUCGGAUCAUCAUGGCCAAAGCAGAGUUCCUCAAUGGCGCUGGAAAUUCACCCAAGGAUCGUGUUGCGCUUAACAUGAUUCGAGAAGCAGAAUCCAAGGGUCUACUAACACCACAUAAGGGUGAUACGAUCUAUGAAGGCACAGUAGGAAGCACGGGUAUCUCACUGGCAACUCUUGCCCGAGCGAUGGGCUACCGCGCUCAUAUCUGUAUGCCUAGCGAUAUGGCUCUCGAAAAGUCCGAUCUACUCCUCCAUCUUGGCGCAACCGUUGAGCGAGUCACUCCCGCACCUAUCACAAGUCCCGAUCACUUUGUCAAUCUGGCUCGAAGGCGUGCGGAAGAACACGCCAGCAAGGCCAAGGAUGGCAGUAAGGGUUUCUUCGCAAAUCAGUUUGAGUCCGAAGCCAACUGGAAAGCACAUUUCAAUGCAACGGGUCCCGAAAUUUGGCGGCAGACGAAUGGCCAGCUGGACGCUUUCGUCGCAGGAGCUGGUACAGGGGGAACAGUCUCUGGCGUGGCAAAGUAUCUGAAGGAGGAGCAGAAGGCAACUGCUAUCAAAGUCGUUCUCGCCGACCCUCAGGGCAGUGGUCUCUACAACAAAGUCCGCCACGGCGUUAUGUACUCUUCGACAGAACGUGAGGGUACAAGACGCAGGCAGCAGGUUGAUACUAUGGUCGAAGGCAUCGGAAUCACACGUCUGACUGAGAACUUCGAAGCGGGGCGCGAACUUAUCGACGAUGCUGUGCGAGUAACAGAUGCGCAAGCCUGUCGCAUGGCGCGCUGGCUAGUUGAGCACGACGGUAUCUUCAUCGGCAGCAGUAGCUCUGUCAACUGUGUCGCCGCGGUUGAGGCAGCUAUGAGACUUCCUAAGGGGAGUCGUGUUGUUACUAUCCUGUGCGACUCUGGAACUAGACAUCUAAGCAAGUUCUGGAAGCAUAUCAAAGAGAUGGGACUGGAAAGCGAGGAGGAGGCAACGAAUUUGUUUACUGAGCUAGGGAUACCCGGUCAUGAUGAAUGAGAUGCGAACGAACCGAAAAAAUGAGUGGGUUUCAUGAAACGAAGCACAUGUGUAUAAUAGUUAAUAUCCUCAAUCGACUCUCGACUUCCCUGUUCCGAAGACUGCUAAUGAAUGGAAAGCAAAGAACUGUGUAUUCCUCAGGGAGCAAGAAAAGUUAAGACUUUAGAAGAGGAUGCCAAAAUAAACUCAGUAAAGAGUCCCCUAAACUUAGGCUAAAUUACCUAAACAUUUUUAUCG